UGGAGUCUACUUAUCGGCUUCAUCGUCGUCGUCAUCUUCUGCGCCGUGUCGUGGUUUGUCGCGCCAAAGGGCGAAACUCAGACUGUAUGGCGAUCAACUCUUGUACUCUCCGCAGUGGCAAUGUUUCUCAUGUGGGCUAUCACCUUCCUCGCCCAAUGGCACCCUCUCAUCGCACCCCGCCGACUCGACCUCCGACCACACGAGGGAUCACAUUAA